AUGAUAUCAAAUACCGUCUCUGUCAGAUUUGGAGGACAGUCGUCUGCCAUUUUGGCUUGUUUACGUUGUUACGAUUUUAUAUUAGACGAGAUAUCUAUUUAUUGGCUCUACAAUAAUACAAGUUAUCGUUCUUGCUAUAGUGAAAUAACAUGUGCUAGUUUAAUUUUAUUAUCUAUCCGUUCAGGCAUCAGAUUAGCAGGUGGUGAUUCCAAUUCUGGCAGGGUGGAGGUGCGUUUUCUCGGGACCUGGGGAACAGUGUGUGAUGAUCUUUUCGGAACCGAUGAGGCUAAAGUGGUUUGCCGCAUGCUUGGCAACAGCUGGGGAAAUGCUGUAGCAUACGGUAAUGCCCAUUUUGGACAAGGAUCAGGGCCUAUUUUCUAUGAUGAUUUAGGCUGCACUGGAACUGAAUCAGACCUCUUCAACUGCCAACACAGUCUACUAGGACAUCACGAUUGUGGUCAUGAUGAAGAUGCUGGAGUGCACUGUGCAUAAGUCCGCCUGAAGAAGACUUCCUUCACGCAUCCUACAAUACGUCCUGUACAUACCUGUACCUGUCUACCUGUAUCUGCUCAUACAACUUCCUGUACACACCUGUACCGGUCUACCUGUAUCUGCAUGCUCGUGUUCAUUGUCUAAUAAAUGUGUAUCCAUGUG